CUGACACUUAUCGAUUAGCUCGUGGCAUAAUAUUCAACUUUUAAUAGAGAGAUAGACAAAUAUGGCAAGACUAAGCAGAGGGUUGGUUAUGGUUAUGGUAAUAGUGGCUGCAAUUCAACUUUGCAGCCACCAGCAGGCGGAGACCACGGCCACGGCCACCGCCAGCCUCUCGUGGAGGGGACCUUGCAGUGUGGAAGCUAGAUUGAAAAUAGAAGAAUGCAUGAAAGAAGAUACUGAUGCUGACAUUGACAGAUGCUGCCCUAUAUUGCACAGCCUCAUUGAUAAUAGCUGCUCUUGUUGGUUUCACGCUAUGAUAACUGACAGACAAAUUGCCACUCGUUGUUUCACUCACUGCGACAUUGUUCGUCCAUUAUGCUCAACUGCUGAUCAAGUGAUGUGACAAAUAUCUUGCAUGAGACGGAGGAAGAUUAUGGGAUAGUACCAGUAUUUCUAUUCUGCAAGGCUAUGUUUGUCUUUGUCGACGUUUGUUUACUUGUUAAUUUUCUAAUAAGUACUCUCUUGGAGCAACGGGGUUGCUUCUAUUUCCGUUUUCGUGUGUUGCUGAAGUUUUAAUGCCUUGCAUUAAGAAAUAAGAAGCGGUCUUGUUAAAUAUGCA